AUGAAUGUGGACACACAAGACUUCAAUAUUGUCAUGGAAAAAGAGACUAUAGAGGUAAAACAAACUGAUGCUGCAAAUAUUGAGAUCUCUGAGUCACCGGUCAACACUGUUGACUCUCAUAACAUUGAGAUACCAACACAAGUUGAGAAACCUGAUACCAUCCAAGAUGCGACUCAGUCUAACAUUGAGAAACCAACAGAAGCACAAGCAAAAGCAGAGGUAAAAACACAAACUGAACCUACAAAUGAUGACACUCAGCAAAAGGUAGAGAAACCGAUAGAGAAAGAACCUGAACAGAGCAUAGUUGAACUGACAAUUAGCAAGACAAAGAAUAAGGAUGACAGUAAGAUUGAAAGAAAAAUUAAAACACAAAGUGAACAAAAGGAAGAAAAAAUGGAUAAACAAGAGGUCAAUGAUGAAAAUAAGGAAGAAGUGGUUAAGCAAAUUGUUCAGCAUGGGGUUCCCAGUCUGGUAGAUGAUGCAGGGGUGAUCAAAGACAAAACCGUAUGGAUCUCUGAGUGCAAGUCUAUGCUUAGUGUAGCCCAAGCCAUUGCCAAAGUAGAUGUUCUUGACAUGAACGACACGACCAAUCAGUUGGAGAAUUUUUAUGUGAUUGAGAAUGCGGCCAAGGAUGCGAUCUUCAAUACUACAACAUACAAGGAUCCGGGAAAUAAUGGGUGUGGCGUCAACCAGAGUAAUGGACAAAAUAAAGGUAACAAUGACAAUUAUGGAAGUGGAAAUGGUGGAGGUAGGAACAAUGGUAACAAUAAUGGCAAUAAUAAUGGGGGUGGAAAUAAUGGAAAUGGAGUUGAUUUAGCAGAGCAGCAUGCUAUUAAUAUAAAUAAUAUCAUUGAAGAGUUUGAGAUUCCUCAUGAAGAUGUGUUCAUGAAGUUGUUGAUUCAAUCUUUGAUAGAGGAUGCAAGGCAAUGUGCUUUUGACACCAAAACUCAUUAUGAGAUUCUAUCUCAUAGACCUAACACUUUACAACAAGCAUUAAAAACAACUAUUACUAUUGAAAAUAAUAGGAAGGUGGCUGCAAAAGUUGCUAAGAGAGAUGAUCCAAAGUUGUACAACUCCAGGGUCCCCAGGAAAGAUGAUCUUACCCAAAUCAUGGACAUGCUCAAGGACUUAAAAGGUAACCAAAGUCAUAAUGAAAGGCCACCAUACAUGAACAGUAAGCAAAUAAGUUACAAUAGGCUAAGGUUGCAUGACAUGCCAUAUAAUACAAAUUGGAAAGAUGAAAAACCAGUAAAACCAGAUACCAAUAAAGAGACUCCUGACCCAUUAAAGAAAACUACAAACUUUGUAGAUGAAUAUCUGUGGUGUGAUGUAUGUAAUCUGCCUCAUGCUGCAGAACAGUACAUGAUUGCCCAGGGCUUGAUAGAAGAAGAAGAUAAAAAUGAAGAUUAUGAACCAACUAUUAAUGUCUUCUCAUCUAAUCCAUAUUGGGGAAGAAAUGAGGAUUUAUCUAAAGAAGAGGAAUAUUCUGAUGUGCAUCAAAGAAGAGAAAUUUGCAAUAUGCAUGCAUCUAGAACACACUAUGAUCCUGAAGGUUACAUCCAUUCAAGCAAGAAAAGACAGGAGUUGGGAAACUACUUCCAUAGAGAAGGUGAACUUGAAGAUAUGUGCAAAAAUAAGGAUGUGGAAGAGCUUGCAGAAGUUAUGGGGACCUUGGAAAAGAAGCUACAGGAAAGAAAUCAGAGACUAGAAAGGAUGGAGGGAGAACCAGCCCGAAGUGAUUCAAAGGAAAAUGAAGUAGUCUCCAAGCUCCGUGCACCUGAAAAGGAGAAGGACUCAGAAGCAGAGAAUAGACUUAUUGUUACCCUGAAUACAGAAACAGAUUAA